AUGAUUCAGAGUGUCGAGAACAAAUUAAAUCGAAAAAUUAACGCCAAAUUUGAAGAGUUAAAAGCCACAGGCACCAAACCAGAUGCUUUUCCAUACAUCAUCACUUUCCUCCUAUUUUUCAUACUUCUUGCUCAAAUUAUCAUCAUUUUUCACUGCAAGCAACCCUCAAAUCCAACAAUUGAAGCAUCAAAACCACAAAUAAUCGAGUCAAAUAAUGUCACGACAGUUUCUCAGCUUGACGACGAUGACACACCAGACCAACUCCCUCGUAGAGAUAACGAGCCACUUGAAGCUACUGAUUAUUACAAUUCUAAUGAAUCACAAAGCAAUGCUGGUCAUGAUAUUCCGAAAUACAACAAUCUGGGGUACGCAAAUGACAUUUAUGGGACAAACAUUGUUGAGGAUCUUUACUCAGAAGAAGUGUCACCAAACAGAAUGCAAAACCGUGAACGAAUCAAUGAGGAAUCAAGCCUAUAUGCUGUUGUUUUUAAGCCACAGAGGAAUUGA